UCUGGGAGUAACUUUGAAAAAGAGAGAGAGAGAGAGAGACAAACAGAGGAGUCCAAGCCAGAGGGGGGGGCCCAGACCAGUCGUCAGCCUCCUGCCUGCCAGCAAGACCCAGGGCGGCCCCUCCAGGCUGCUCCACUCCUCUCAGAGGAUGCUUUUGGAGUGAGGAAGGGGCCGGGCUUCUCGUCGCCCCGAGCACCUCUCCAUUCCCGUGAUUAUCCCACGGCUUUCCCGCAAUCAGGCCAGCCCUUCUACUGCUGUCCGUUUGGGGGCCAGCAAAAUAACAGAGGACAGCGAGGAGGACUUCCUGGAGGGGGUGAUAACACACACCAGAAGCCGUCUGUAGCAGGGCACCAUGGGGCUUCCACAUGUGAUGCCAGCUUCAGUCCUCAAAGGCCAGUUGUUGCUGUCCGUGCUGCUGCUGCUGGGACCACAGACCCCCCAAGGCCUAGUCAUCAUGCCCCCUGGGCCAGAGUUCAUUCUCAACAUCUCCAGCACCUUCGUUCUGACCUGCUCAGGCUCAGCUCCAGUGAUGUGGGAACAGAUGUCCCAGGUGCCCUGGCAAGAAGCGGCCAUGAAUCAGGAUGGCACCUUCUCCAGCGUGCUGACACUCACUAACGUCACUGGGGGAGACACCGGAGAAUACUUCUGUGCCUACAACAACUCCCUAGGGCCAGAGCUCAGCGAGCGGAAGCGUAUCUACAUCUUUGUGCCAGAUCCUACCAUGGGCUUCCUCCCUAUGGACUCUGAGGACCUAUUCAUUUUUGUUACGGAUGUAAGUGAGACGACAAUUCCAUGCCGAGUGACAGACCCCCAGCUGGAGGUGACACUGCAUGAGAAGAAAGUGGACAUCCCUCUGCAUGUACCCUAUGACCACCAGCGAGGUUUCACCGGCACUUUUGAGGACAAGACUUACAUCUGCAAAACCACCAUUGGGGACAGGGAAGUGGACUCUGAUACCUACUAUGUAUACAGCCUCCAGGUGUCAUCCAUCAAUGUCUCUGUGAACGCAGCCCAGACAGUGGUCCGCCAGGGUGAGAACAUCACCAUCAAUUGCAUUGUGAUGGGAAAUGAUGUGGUCAACUUCCAGUGGACAUACCCCCGCAUGAAGAGCGGGCGGCUGGUGGAGCCAGUGACGGACUACCUCUUUGGAGUGCCCUCCCGCAUUGGCUCCAUCCUGCAAAUCCCCACUGCUGAGCUGAGCGACUCGGGGACCUAUACUUGCAAUGUGUCGGUGAGCGUGAAUGACCAUGGAGAUGAGAAGGCCAUCAACAUCACUGUGGUCGAGAAAGGCUAUGUGCGGCUGCUGGGAACACUGGGCGAUGUACAAAUUGCCGAGCAGCAUCGGAGCCGGACGUUGCAGGUGGUGUUUGAGGCUUAUCCGCCGCCCACUGUCCAGUGGUUCAAGGACAACCGUACCUUGGGUGAUCCCAGCGCUGGCGAGAUGGUUCUGUCCACUCGCAACGUGUCUGAGACCCGGUACGUGUCAGAACUGACCUUGGUACGUGUGAAGGUGGCAGAGGCUGGCUACUAUACUAUGCGGGCCUAUAAUAAGGACGAAGCGGCCCAACUCUCAUUCAAGCUGCAGGUCAAUGUUCCAGUCCGUGUGCUGGAGCUGAGUGAGAGCCACCCUGCCAAUGGGGAGCAGACGAUCCGCUGCCGCGGCCGGGGCAUGCCUCAGCCGAAUGUCACUUGGUCUACCUGCAGAGACAUCAAAAGGUGUCCACGGAAGCUGUCACCUAUACCCUUGGGGAAUAGUUCCAAGGAGGAGAGCCAGCUGGAAACUAAUGUGACUUUCUGGGAGGAAGAGCAGGAAUAUGAGGUGGUGAGCACACUGCGCCUGCGUCACGUGGAUCAGCCGCUGUCAGUACGCUGCAUGCUGCAGAACUCGAUGGGCAGAGACUCGCAGGAGGUGACCGUAGUGCCACACUCCUUGCCCUUCAAAGUGGUGGUGAUCUCAGCCAUCCUGGCCUUGGUGGUCCUCACCGUCAUUUCUCUCAUCAUCCUCAUCAUGCUGUGGCAGAAGAAACCACGCUAUGAGAUCCGAUGGAAGGUGAUUGAGUCUGUGAGCUCUGAUGGUCAUGAAUACAUCUACGUGGACCCUAUGCAGUUGCCUUAUGACUCCACCUGGGAGCUGCCACGGGACCAGCUAGUUCUAGGGCGCACUCUUGGCUCUGGGGCUUUCGGACAGGUGGUGGAGGCCACGGCUCAUGGUCUGAGCCAUUCACAGGCCACCAUGAAGGUGGCUGUCAAGAUGCUGAAAUCUACAGCCAGAAGCAGUGAGAAGCAAGCCCUCAUGUCGGAGUUGAAGAUCAUGAGUCACCUGGGACCCCACUUGAACGUGGUCAACCUGCUGGGGGCCUGUACCAAAGGAGGGCCCAUCUACAUCAUCACAGAAUACUGCCGCUACGGUGACCUGGUGGACUACCUGCACCGCAACAAGCACACCUUCUUGCAACGCCACUCCAACAAACACUGCCCACCCAGUGCCGAGCUCUACAGCAAUGCCCUGCCGGUGGGGCUCUCUCUACCCAGCCACUUGUCCCCGACUGGGGAGAGUGACGGUGGCUACAUGGACAUGAGCAAGGAUGAAUCUGUAGAUUACGUGCCUAUGCUGGACAUGAAAGGAGACAUCAAAUACGCAGACAUCGAGUCCUCCAACUACAUGGCCCCUUACGAUAACUAUGUCCCGUCUGCCCCUGAAAGGACCUAUCGGGCCACCCUGAUCAAUGAGUCACCAGUGCUUAGCUAUACAGACCUCGUGGGCUUCAGCUACCAGGUGGCCAAUGGCAUGGAAUUCUUGGCCUCUAAGAACUGUGUUCACCGGGACCUGGCAGCCAGGAAUGUGCUCAUCUGUGAGGGCAAGCUGGUCAAGAUCUGUGACUUCGGCCUGGCUCGAGACAUCAUGAGGGACUCGAACUAUAUCUCCAAAGGCAGUACUUUCCUGCCUCUGAAGUGGAUGGCCCCGGAGAGUAUCUUCAACAGCCUCUACACCACCUUGAGUGACGUGUGGUCCUUUGGGAUUCUGCUCUGGGAGAUCUUCACACUGGGUGGUACCCCUUACCCAGAGCUGCCCAUGAACGACCAGUUCUACAAUGCCAUCAAGAGGGGCUACCGCAUGGCCCAGCCUGCUCAUGCCUCUGACGAGAUCUACGAGAUCAUGCAGAGAUGCUGGGAAGAAAAGUUUGAGACCCGGCCCCCCUUCUCCCAGCUAGUGGUGCUCCUGGAGAGGCUCCUGGGUGAGGGGUACAAAAAGAAGUACCAGCAGGUAGAUGAGGAGUUUCUGAGGAGUGGCCAUCCAGCCAUCCUGAGGUCCCAAGCCCGCUUGCCAAGGAUCCACAGCCUCCGGUCCCCCCUGGACACCAGCUCUGUUCUCUACACCGCCGUGCAGCCCAAUGAGAGUGACAAUGACUACAUCAUCCCCUUGCCAGACCCCAAGCCUGAUGCUGCUGAUGAGGGCCUCCUAGAGGGUUCCCCCAGCCUUGCCAGCUCCACCUUGAAUGAAGUCAACACUUCCUCUACCAUCUCCUGCGACAGCCCCCUGGAUCUCCAAGAAGAGCCACAGGCAGAGCCGGAAGCAGAGCUGGAGCAGCCACAGGAUUCAGGCUGCCCAGGACCUGUGGCUGAAACAGAGGACAGCUUCCUGUAGGGACUGGUUCCACUCCAUCCUUCCCGAAACUCCCAGCACCCACCCCCUCCUGGCCUGAUCUGGCCUCCCAGCAACUGCACUGCCACCAGCUGUCCCCUUGGAGAAGACCCUUGGUUUGCAGCACCCAAGGUCCAGGGACCAGCUUAGCUUAGGAGGCUAAAGAACUGUGGGGACUGACCUGCCUCUGGAAGGCCAUGGGACUCUGAGCCAAGGCACUCAGUUUCCCCAGAUUAAGAGGAAGGGUUGGACUUGGCUAUUGGACAGGUACGGAGCCUUGAUUCCUAGAGAAGUUCAUGGGUGGAAGGUCAUGUUCACGUUCUCCUGUGUAACAAUUGCCCCUCAGAUGAAUCAACUACUUUGAUCUUCCCCAAAACCAGGCAAGGACCUGGUGCCCGGCUCCUGGCUAAACUGAGGCCAGCUUUGGACAAGGUUGUUUCAUUCAGAAUCCAUUUCCCUUUGCCUUAAUUCUCCCAGGCCUGAGCUGCUCGGGGCUAGCCAUGCUCAAUGAAUGCUGUUAAUGGAGCAGGUGAGCUGAGAACAGGAUGCUCUGGCCUGCAGCGCUGCCCAGGGCACUCAGGACACACCCGGUCACAGGAAGCACCAGUGCCUUUCAGUCCCACCAGUCCAGUCACUCUCAGUUCGCCCACCCCUCAACAGUCUGCAGGCCAUUGUCCACACCUGUGGUAUAAGCCUGAAGUGUGCACCACUAGGAGCCCUGACUCUGCCUUGGACCUGCUAUGAGACCUUAGAGGACCCCCUUGUUCUCUCUGGUUACCAGUUUUCUUUCCCCUUUGAAAGAUCAGCAGGUUGGACUCAUGGACUCUGAGUAUAAUCCAGUCAAAUACUUCAGUUCUGGAGUGAGUAUUCCAGGAGUUUACACUUGUCCGGACAAAGCAGGGUCAAGUCCUUAAGCUGACCUUUCUGGGGGUCAGCUGAGCCCUCAGAAGGUUCCAGAUACACACCACCCUCUGGGGAUUCAGGAACUGAGCCUCUUCUUCAAGUCCCCAAGUGCAACUGCCCAGACCUUGACUCGGAGUGACAGUCAGUGUCCUAGGAAAAACCCCUGCAGCUGUCCUGAGGACACGGAAGGAGCACGAGGCCCUUUUCAUACCGUGAUAAACUCUGGAGCCAGCGAGAGCGGCAGAGAAGGCAAGCCAGGUCACCUCAGGCCACCGUCACCAGGAGUGAGGACAGAUGUGCCCCAUGCAGGACAAGGACCUUGAGAUAGGCAUGAGAGGCAGACACUGAGGGCACGGCCUUCUCAACUGCAGGCUGCUAGUCCUCGGUCCUCAGGCAGCACUACACAGGAAUGUUUUUGCCCCACACCUGGCAGCAACACCUCACUAUCCCUGAGCAGAUGGACAUUGGAGGGGCCUGGGGAACGAUGGGUGGGCUAGAACAAGGUAGGGGAAGUCAGCCCUGCUGGGCCGCUGCCAUGCCUGGAGCAGCAAAGGCUGCUGGAGGCUGGGUAGUACUGCUCACAACGGUACCAAAGAUGUAAUCGCCUAGGUUUACAAGUACUUGUAGGACUCACGAUAACCCACAUUUAAACACCGGAAGUGCUAUUUUGUACGCUAAGUUUUCCUAUCUGUACUUUUUUUUUUUUUUUUUUUAAGGAAAAGAUUUUAAUAUUAAA